AUGCCGCCGCUCCCGCUGCUGCGCCCGCUCCCGCCGCAGUCCUUCCUCCGCCGGCCUGCAUGGAGCGCCGCCGCCGCCGCCGCCCGCCCGCCCUGCAACCCACGCAGACCAUGUCCUGCCGCCGCCGCCCCCCUCCGCCGAUCCUAUAGCGAUUUCCCCACCCCCGACGGAGCCCGCCGCCCUGCCGCGACCGAACAAUCCAAUGCCUCCACGAGCCAUGCUCAGCCCACUGCUACAAGAACCAAGCUCGCGAAGCCCCGUCUCAAGCGUGCAAAACUUCCGAAGCCGCUGAAUCAGGAGGGCAAUGGCGUUGGUGCUGCUGCGGGGGCGGCCGCCUCCUCCUCCUCCCGCGCUCGCACGCCUGCGGAGUCGACGCCAGGUGUCAAACGGAGGAAGCCGGGGAGGGAGGCGCAGAAGCAGAAGAAGAAGAAGAGCUCCCGGCCAGUCGAAAAGCCUGCCACCGUGAUGAAGAGGUUGAAGAAAGUGGACGUCGAUCUUGAGUGGAAGUCGAUGGGCGACCGCCCGCUGGAUCUCAAAUGGAGGAGCGUGAAGGGUCUGGGCGGGCAAUCGCGGGAGUCUGGUCGGUUGGAAAGGCUCGCGCAGAUGGUCUCGCCCGUGCGGCUUGUUGGGGGGCGGGCGGGCGGACUGCGAGUCGGUGCCAUCACGAGAGAUACCAUCAUGGACGAUGCGACGUGGCAGCGCUUGAAGCAGGAGGUGGCUCAGAUUGGGCAGGAAAAACCGACUGCUGCGGAAGAGGUGGAGGUGGAGGUGCAUGAGGGUCUCGGGGAGGAACAGCCGGACGAGAAGCAGAACCUUGAGGAGAAGGAUCUUGAGGAGAAGGAUCCUGAGGAGAAGGAUCCUGAGGAGAAGGAUCCUGAGGAGAAGGACCCUGAGGAGGCAGAGGCAACGGUUACGUACAGACCGCUGCAGGACUUGAAGGCAAGGAAACCGGAUCCCAUCAGUGUGAGAGAGCGUCUUCGGGAUGCAAUUGGGAGAAUGCAUUCCAGCCUAUCAGCGCAGAUCGAAGAUCAUCCUCAGCCAAGCAGAUACCGACAGAACGUUGAACCUGCUACUAGGUCUCUCCAUGAGCAGCGGCUCGACGAGCUAGAAAGCCUACUUGUUCAAGCGUCUCGACGGUUGAAUGAGCUAAAAGGCUACAAGCCUUCGGGAGAUGAUGCGUCUCCAAUCAUUAGUAAUGUGUCACCAAAAACAACGCGCAAUAGGGAUAUUUAUGAACAGGACCAGACUUGGAAGGAAAACCCGGAUUCUCCCGUGAGAGCUGGAGUAGAUGGAUUGGUGGAUACUGGAAAACACCCGGAAGAUGUUGCUCACCCACGUCGGUUUUUAUCAAGGAAUCCCAACCGGCCUCUGCCUCAUAUGACCGGAACAGCGAUCCCAGCAGAACUAUAUGGCCCACGAAAGAGUCCGACGAGCGGUGUUCCCAACCAACAGGAGGGGUCUGAUCAGGAAGAUGGUCAAAGCUCCCUUGUAGAAGAAGUCCUCGGCAAUGUACCGGAGGAGCAUUCAGCUGGAAACACAGACAAAUUCGCAAAGCCGAGUCGGGACCACACGGGAAGCCUGGUUGACGAAAUCCUCAAACCAACGGUGACUGAAAAUCAAAAGCAACAGGCUCCGCUUUUGAGUGAACUUUUUCCCGAGCUAGCGCAUGAUAGCCAAAAUGUUCAGCAACCAGCUCCCCAGGAGCGUCAGGUGCCAAAGUUGAGUCUUGACCUUCAAGUACAAAACUUCGAACGCCGACCAGAGCUUGUUGAGCGUGACGAAUGGACCAACAAACGCAUGCAAGCCUUGUACGUGAAGGAUCUCGUCGUCGUUCAGCUUUCAGGCCUUAGCAAGAACUUGGCGGAAGCAGAUAUCAGACGUUUGGUGCCCCAGUCCAGCAAGUACAUCGAAGGCUGGUCGGACCCGGAUUUCAUCAAAGUCAUCCCUGUCCGGGACGAGGAGACGUUGGAACGUCUGGACCAGUAUUACGUUCUGUUCCGCAACGUCCGCGGCGCCCGCGACUUCCAAAAACAUGUGCGUGAACUGCAUGUGACGACUAAAAGGCAUUCUGCAAGCUCGCUUCUCUCCGCCCUCCCCCAUCCGCCAGGCUUCCGCGAUGACCAUGGCGUCGACAUUCAUGCCAUCCUACAAUCAUACACCCUCGGUCCGCCCGCCAGCACCAGUAUCUAUUGCAGCGUCGUCCCGUACCCGUACCCGCGCAAGCUCCACCAGCUCCUCGCUCAGGGCGGUUACGGGCCCAUCGUCGGCCCCGCCAAUUCCCUCGGUGCUUCUCCCGACCUGUCGGACGCCGACUCCAUCGCCCAAUUCUCCAUCGCUAAAGUUCUCUUGUGGUUCGACGGCGCGCAGCCGUCCUUCAAUGAAGUGCGCAAGACCAUCGCUCGCGAUGGCAAGGACCGCGGGCUGCCGUGGCUCGUCGUUGGCGGCACCAACAGCGCCGAAGGCGUGGUAAGAGUGAAUUCCAACGAGCGGAAGCCAGUAGACAAUAGCGGAGUGCGGAAGGUGCCGUCGCGGUACAUCGUCACCUUGGAGAACAAGGCGGAGGCACAGAGGUUUGCGCGGAGGUGGCAGUGCAGCCCGUUUGAAUUUAACGCUGAGGGUGUAUACGAGCGUGCGGAAAGCCCGCCGAAGGCGAGAACCGAGGUGUUGUGGUAG